UAUUUCACCCGUCUCUAAAUUUAUUAGAAAUGUUUAUGCUGACCCUCACAAAACAGCUGUUUAGCCAUUCAGGUUGAUUAUCAUCAUACCAUACCAUACCAUCAAAAUGCUUAAAACCGCUGUCAGCCGCUUGUUACAAAAUAAUGCAGUAAAAUGUGUUGCCAGAACAAAUUCUGUUCGGAGUAUCAACCUUAUUCCCAUGGUGGUUGAACAGACUGGCAGAGGAGAACGGGCCUAUGAUAUAUUUUCACGACUGCUAAAGGAACGAAUUAUUUGCCUAAUGGGCAACAUAACCGAUGACAUUAGCUCUACCGUGGUUGCUCAAUUGUUAUUCUUACAAUCUGAGAAUGUUAACAAGCCAAUUCACUUAUAUAUCAAUUCUCCCGGUGGCGUUGUUACUGCUGGUCUAGCCAUUUACGACACAAUGCAGUAUGUCAAGCCGCCUAUAGCAACUUGGUGCGUUGGUCAAGCAUGCUCAAUGGGUUCACUUUUAUUGGCGGCAGGAGCACCGGGCAUGCGGUAUUCAUUACCUAAUGCCAGAAUUAUGAUACAUCAACCAUCUGGCGGCGCACAAGGUCAAGCCACUGAUAUUUUAAUACAUGCAGAGGAAAUAAUCAAAAUUAAACGCCAACUCACUAGCAUAUAUGUCAAGCAUGCUAAGAACUCGUAUGAAGAAAUGUGCCAACGAAUGGAGCGAGAUCAUUUCAUGACCCCCGAUGAAGCCAAGGUACUGGGCAUUAUUGAUCACGUGCUUGAACAUCCACCAGAAACUGUUUCAGACAGUGGCCCGACAUCUGAUGGUGGUAUAGUUGCUGGCAAAUCUGUUUCUGAUGAACCCCAGAGGAAAACCAAGUCAAACUAGGUAGCAUAAGACGUCUUCAAUUGUGCAAACCAAAAUUCAAGCUUUAUCUUUCAAAUUGAAGAGCA